AUGUCUUUCCCGACACUAAACCUUAGGCCCAAGAGUCCGCACGCUCAGCUAGAGGGAGAAUCUGCUAAAGAACCAUCGCUGGGCAACACUACAGAAGAGCAGCCAGCCAUUCAUCCGCAUAGAGCAACCCAGCCACCGUUUUGGCUGGGGAAAUCCGCACUGCUCAUAUUUGCCCUCGUCUUCGCAAUCCUUGCUGCAUCGCUCAUCGCCCUCAAAUGCGUUUCCGAUUCUAAAGACGGCUUCCCUCUCAACUUCUCCUCCAGCGAAUACUCUUGGACGUACGGUCCGACAGCUGUCCUCAUAAUCGUCUUGAGCUUCUGGAGACGAGUCGACUACUAUUAUAAGGCUGCCCAACCGUGGAGGGAACUUCAAUCUGGGCCUGUACUGGGCUCCAGGUCGCUUCUGCUGGACUAUGUGUCACCGUUUCAACUCCAGAGUGUAUACCGGGCAUUCAAGUUUCGUCACUACCGUGUUUUCGCGGCUAUCAUAUCAUUCUUUCUCCUCAAAAGUAUCAUCCUUGUUUCGACUACUUUAUUCGUGGUUCAGCAUCCAUCGCAUGCUGAACCAGUGGAUAUCACAUACGAGAAUACUUUCGACACUGCCAGUACUUGGAGCUCCUUCCAUUUAUCGCCAUUUAACAGGGUGAGCCAACUCUUUCUGAGUUACGCGGAGGAUGAGUGGUUUACUGGCGGCUCGGACAAGCCUAUCUACGCAUACGUGUCUCGUCUCCGAGGCGAUAUAGCGCGUGAUUAUGCAUGGAAUACCAAAGGUGGAAUCGUGACCCAGAGAUUCAAAUCAACAGCACCGUCAAUCAACCUUACAUCGCUCACAGCCCCAGUCGACCUAUUUGUUCCAGUUGUUACCUGCGAAGAUGCAACGUUAACUAUAGAUCCUCCUACCGUUCAAGGUUCAUACUACAGGUGGAACUCUUCCACGUGCUCGACAGGAAAAGAAAGCAAUUUCAUAUGUCCUGACCUAAGGCUUUCUCACAAGAAUACAAGCAUGUGCGGUAGCCAACCCUGGGCUUAUACGCUUCACCGAGUAAACUGUUCAGAAGUCAGGCUUUCGGACCAAAUUGGUCCGGAUGAUUCAAAUUCGCAAACUGAUUUGGAGGCCGUUGAUUUGCGAUACGCCAUCACAGUUGCGCACCACAACAUUCCCUCCAUGGUCCAGCCAACAAACGUUACAGAGUCUAUCAAACUGACCAAUCAUUCAGCAGUCCUCUGCAAGAUUGGUUACAAAAUGGUUUCGGUCACCGCGGCUCAGGACAUUCUCUCGCACAAUGUGACUCUGACCCCAGCCGCCGAAUAUGGGGAAGGGAGACCGUUGCGCAACUUGACCAACUCUUCUCUAUCCGAAAUGCUUAUGACAGACCUCGAAGUGGCAUCUUCUACUUUCUCCUACGUCAAGAAUGUCCCCAUCAUAACUGUCGAAUUUAACAAGAGGGCCCGCGAUUGGACUGCCAGCCAAGCGCUAUUCCAGUUGAUGGCUGUCAAAUUGGGAGACAAGUUCAGACCUGAUAUUCUUUCUGUGCCAUCAACGCUGAAGAAGCUGUCGGUGGAGAUCCUGGAGGGACUUCUGAAUGAGGUUGCUCGUCAGUCACUGCUCGUGGACAAAGCUACAAACAGUACAGGUGAUGGUCUCGUGAGCAGCCCAAGGCUCCAAACGAACAAUGUCACAAUAUGGAUCAUGGUUUCAGGCUUUUUAGCCUUGUUGAUCGUCUGCUUGUUCUUAAUGUUUGGAUCUUCUACGCGUUGUUGGAUCUCUGCCAUGAGUGGCUCUAUUGCUGGACAUGCCGCUGUAUUGGCCAACGAUGCUUCACUGCAGAAGAUCUUCGAGAGUUCCGGUGAAUUGAGCGAAAAGAGCUUGAUUGAAGAUAUAGGAGGCCAGAAGUUCGCCAUGACUAGCGUCAGUGAUGACGUUCGGAUAAGUGUGACAGGGAAAGAGAGUCUUUCCGAGGCCCGAGAACGUGGGACAAACAAGACCAAGCCCUGGACACCUAUAGCUGGGUCAUUGUAUUUCGCAGCUGCUACAAUCACCAUCCCCAUACUUUCUAUUGGCGCACUUGAGCUACUUCAACAGCUGUCUAGUCAAAGACAAGGCCUUUUCGACGUGAACAAAACAGACUCCUCCACCAUUUCAAUUACACGAAUGGCCACCACGGCGAUAUUCUUUCUUAUAUCAACCAUGGUCAAUAGUCUUGACUUUAUCAUAGCGACUUUUGCCCCUUACAGUGCUCUUCGAUCAGGAAGCGCUCCUGCAGAAACAAGUAUCUUAUUUCACCUGCUAUCCGUCUCACCGUUCCUGAUAGUAUUUAAAUCACUGCGGGCUCGUCAGCCAGGACCAGCGUCUUCCAACAUUUCAUCGCUUUUAGGCAGCCUCCUCACAAUCGUGUCCUCGGGUCUCUGGACACUCACAGGGCCUGUGAAUGUUGAGAGAUCGACGACAGCAAUGGUGGGGAAUUGGCGUACAUCAUGGUCUGUCAUCAGCCAGAAUGACUCAGGUGCCGCAAAAACACUGAACCUCAUUCGGCACGGCGGUGCAAACUCCUCGGUUGCAAUUUGGCAAGACUUGGUAUUACCAAGCGCCAGCCUUGCACCCGAUGUUUCUAUGCCUGAUACGGUUUCCCAAUCCUCCAGCUACAGUUAUGCCGUCGGGGCGUUGCGGCCCUUUCUCAACUGUACUAUGGUCCCAACAGAGAGUCUUGUAAUGAAUCCAUGGGUCAAGACGUAUUACUACGCCCUCGACGGAUCUCUGAGCGGGCACUCCCAUGAGAAAACCAUAUGGGCCAACUUCACCGCUCCGGUCGGUUGCAAAGGUCAGGAUGUCAACGGGAAGUCUUAUGUAUCUUUCAAUACGAGUGUGAAGAUUGCGGACGAAGGAAAAACCAAUUACAGUAGGUGGGUUGGUAGUUACUUGGAUCUCAACCUGACCGUUAGUGACCCCGGUGCUGCUUGUCCCUCCAUCGGCAUCUUCUUUGGAAACAUGGGAGGCAAUGAUACCUCGGCAUGGAAUAUGACAGCAUUGACUUGCAAUCAAGGUAUUGACCAAGUUUCACUCAAUAUCACGUUCAAGGGCGACCCAGCGCUUGGGAGGAUCGAUGAGAAGCACCCCCCAGAGCUAGCGCGAAAUCAAACUUGGAAAUGGGUAAACAGUACCUCAGGGUCAUCGGCGCUGAACUACAAACUGAAGAAAUUCCUCGAUACCCACCUGAAGCUUUAUCCAACUCACAACGCUAGCACCGAGAAGCCAUUUGACUGUGAUCCGUUCUUCAAUCACUUAAUCUAUGGCCCGAAGGCGGUGAAGAAAGAGGAACUUAUCGGGCCUCGGAAUGUCAGCAAUUUGAUCGACGCAGUAGAGAAGGGCUACAGCGAGUACAUGAGAUAUGUCAUUGAUCUCAACUUCCGAGCCGACAAAAAGACCCCCCGUGAUGAGCUUGUCAGUGCUCUAGCGUCUCCAUCUCCAGCUAUGGAGGCAAUGUCACCCAAAACGGAGAUAAAUGGAACAAUGCGUCAAGUCAUCACUCGCUUUGCCAUAAACCCAACUUCUAAAACCAUUCUUCAAGUUCUACUGGCUGUCAUAGCAGUUCUGAGCCUGGCAGGCUAUCUCCUUGUCAAGAUUCGCGGUACACUUCCACGCGAUCCUUGCAGUAUCGCAAGCACGAUGGCAUUUCUGGCUGGAUCUCAGCUAUGCGAUCGAGAUUCGGGUAUCAUGCCGCAGGGAGCUGAAUAUAUGACUGAUGGACAGUUGAAGAAGGCUUUUGAAGGCUGGGUGUUUAGUCUUGGGUGGUGGCAGAAAAGCGAGGCUUCGGUGGAGUCAGAAGAGCGGAGUGAUGAUGCGAGAACAUCAGGAGAAACAGAUUCUCCGAAUGAGACACGGGAGGAGAAAAAGACUCUUGGAAGAUUUGGGAUCGAUGUCGGGCGCGCGAAUGUUUCCAAGUUCUAG